AAAGUCAAUCAAACGUAGCAAGAAAUGUGUCUUAUUUCAAACUGUGGACAUUUCUGCAACAUUUUAAACAUGUGAGAUCUACCUGGCUAGCCGGAAAUAAUCUAACCGUAAAACCCUCCAUCGGCUUCGGAUGACAAAAGGGCGUCAAUUUAAAGUUGAGUAUCCACAUGAGCUACUGCGCCCAGGGCUAGUAUAGGUCUACUCCCUAUGAAUACUUACGAUUGAGCUCAUCGCAUUCACGAUUAUAAAUACAUCAUGACCGAUGCUGAGGUCCUAUGUUCGUAGAGCGACGCACCGGGAGAAUCGCUACGUCAUAGCCUUUGUCACAUCAGUCAGGCGUUGCCAAACCAUCCCUCUCGGCAGUGUCAUUCAAGCUCGGAACAUCAGGUCAACUAACGCGACCAUGGUUGCUGGACAAUCGAUGACGGCAGCAAGGGACGCCAAGGCAGAGAGCGAUGUAAAGUCGAAUACGAUUGCUGGCAUGACAGGCAAUAUGAAAAAGGAGAAGAAAAGCAUCAAUUUCCUCCGCGGCUGGCCGGCCACCUCGUUGUUACCGGCCGCGGCUCUGCGCGCAGCUUCACAGACGGCCCUCACGGACCCGAGCAUUUGGGCCCCGGGUCUCGAGUACGGUCCUGAUCCUGGAUACCAGCCACUGCGGGAGGCGCUUGCGCGCUGGCUGGGACGGUUCUACGGCGGUGUUAUUCCUACUAUUUCUAAUACCUCUACUGUGAAGCCCGAAGAAGACAUCGCAGACCGCAUAACGAUCACAGGAGGCGCGUCGCAAAGCUUAGCAUGUCUACUGCAGUCGUUCACGGAUCCGGGACAGACGCUUGCCAUAUGGGUCGUGGCGCCAUGUUAUUUCCUCGCGUGCCCGAUCUUCGAAGACGCUGGGUUCGGAGGGCGGUUGCGCGCCGUGCCUGAGGAUGCAGAGGGUGUGGAUAUUGCCGUUCUAGAGCGGGAGAUGAGUGCUCUGGAAGAACGGCAGAAACGAGGCGAAGGGGAAAAUAGUAUCAGCGCGAGAUACAAGACGAACGACCCCCAUCGCAAAAUCUACCGCCAUGUAGUCUACUGUGUACCGGCGUUCUCGAACCCAAGCGGUCGCACGACUACGUGCAGGAGACGAGAAGAACUAGUAGGUCUAGCGAGGACGCACGACGCGCUGAUUAUCUGCGACGACGUCUACGACAUGCUACAGUGGAACACCACGCCCUCCCCUCUCUCUUCUGAUCCUGAAAAUCCUCCGCAGCCAGAACAACUACACACAGCCCUCCUCCCACGCAUCGCAGACAUAGACAUAGCGCGCGGCCGGUCCGCUCACGAUCCAGAAGGGAAACACUUCGGCCACGCCGUCUCCAACGGGUCCUUCAGCAAGCUGGUGGCACCAGGCACGCGCACAGGCUGGACGUAUUCGACGGCGGAUCUCGCGCUCGGAUUAUCGCGGACGGGGUCGACGAGGUCUGGCGGCGCGGCGAGUCAGAUUGCUGCUACGAUCGUGUGUGAAUUGUUACUCGAUAAAUCCGAAAGGAGCCGGGGAGAGAAUCCGCAAUGCGAACUCGACACGCAUAUCCGCCACGUCUUACUCCCGUCCUACGCGCGGCGUCACGCCAUUUUGAUGCGCGCUAUCCGCGAUACCCUAGUCCCGCUCGGUCUCGGCGUUAGCGAAACGAGUCUUGUCGGACAUGGCGGGAUAUACGGGGGUUACUUCGUGUGGAUGACGUUGCCCCGGGCGGAGGAGGGGAAGACGUGGCCUACGGCCCAGGCCAUCGCGGAUUGCUGCCGCGCCGACGAAGAUUUGAUGAUUGGGAACGGAGAGCUGUUCGCUGUGUCAGGUGACGAGAGCAUGUGCUUCGAGGAUGCUAUUAGGCUGUGUUUCGCGUGGUUGGAUGAAGAGGAUCUAGUGGAUGGGGUUGAGAGAUUAGGGCGUGUCAUACGGCGCAUGUUGGAUGAAGGGCCUGGAGGUUGGGAAAGGAGUGUUCCGGGGUUAAGUCAGAUGGAUCAAGCAAAGUGAUGAUUAUGGUCAUGUUCAUAAUUAUAAAAAGUGCAUUAUGAUAUGAUUCCAAGAGCUAUCUGUCAUCAAGCAUAAUAUGAAUUUUGAAAACAAGUUCUGG